AUGUCCUAUAAUAGUAAUGUACCGAGUGUAAACAAUAAAAGAAGACGGAAGCAACGUAUUUUCACGAAAGAUAUCGAACUUUUGCUCUACUCCUUAGGUGAUUCGUCAUAUGGACUUGAAUCAACAGUUAAUGCAUUAGAAGAAGUAUUGAUAGAAUUUUUAACUGACUUGUGCCAUAAUACUUCACAGUACGCAAGAGCUCACGGUCGGAAUAAAGUUAAAAUAGAGGAUUUCCCUUUUAGUUUGAGGAACGAUCCCUUGAAACUCGCAAGAAUGGAGUAUAUUAUUAAACAGAGUCAAAGGAUCGAGAAGGCUAAGAAACAGUAUAACGAAAAAUACAUUAUGACCCAGGCUGAUGUUAAGCCAGAGAAGGAAGUAUCCGCCACAAAGAAGAAGUACAACAGCGGUAAUAGUAAAAAAAGAAAGAAAGCAGAAGCAGAAGCAGAAGCAGAAGCAGAGGCAGAAGCAGAACAUGAUGAUGACGAUGAAGAUGAAGAUGAUGGAGACGAUAGCAAUUGA